AUGUCACCAGCAGAUAGAGUCAAUAAUAGUGAUCUGGGAACUCCAGAUAAUAAUGCAUACUACAAUUAUAGUCCACAAAGUCCUCUUACAGCAAAUUCAGGAAGAAUAGAUAAUAAUUAUCCAAUAAAUCAUUCAAAUAAAGAUUUUUAUAAUGAUGGUGAACACGCGUCCCCAAAGGAGUCAAAUCCAGCUUUAGAAUUAUUAGCAAGAUUGCAACGACCACAAAACAAUGAAUCAUCAGAAAGUCGAAGAUUUUCUUGGUCAAGUGAUCAUUCAAACAGUGGGAGAAUUGAAUUUUCGGGUCAUACUUUAUCAACUAAUGAUCAUCAAUCUCGUCAAAAUAUAAGUCUUUCAGAUCGUAUUACUCCUAAUAAUGCUCAUGAUCAAAGAAUUUCAAGUGGUGUAAGCGUUCGUUCAUCAUCAAAUCAUAUACCAUCACAAUCAAAUCAAAAUUCAUCAUUUUCUAGACAUCCUACUACUGCUACAACAUCGAGAUCCUCAAAGCAUCCAACUAGACCCAAAUUUCAUAAUUCAAGAAAAGCACAUUCUCCAACACCUCCACCUCCACCUCCUUUAAGAACAGAUUCAUCAGAUACGCAGCAAAAACACGUUGCUGCAAGAUCAACAGUAACAUUAGCAUCAGCAACUUUUAAUAACCCAUCAACAACAACACCAAGAGCAAGAUCCCCAGUGCCUUCUUAUAAACGUCGUUCUACACAUGAGGGUCAAGAACCGCCUUAUAAACGUAAAAAAGCUUUUGAAAGUUCAGCACCACGAAAACCUGUUGAUACUUAUAGACCAACUCAAAAUACAACAUCUUCUUCUUCAUCAUUAUCACGGCCUACUACUUCAGGAAAUCAAGAACCAACUGAAUACAAGACUUUUGAUAACGAUUUUGAUUAUGUGGAAUUUGAAAGAAAUGCUAAAAAAAAAGAAAAAUCAUAUGGUUUUAGAGACGUUAAUAAUUUUUUACAUAAUAAUGCACAUUAUAAGUUGAAACUAGCUUAUUACGCUACACAAUCUGAAAAGUUUUUAAAAUUAGCUCAUGAAAGUAUUGUAAAAGAUCACACUGGAGAAUAUGAAAAUAAUUAUAAUAAUCUCAUUAAAGCUUCUAUCAAAUGUUUAUUAGUUUUAAUUAAAAAAUAUGAUAAUAAUUUAUAUCCUAAAUUAAAAGUUUCAACUUAUUAUAAAUUGGCUAAAAUUUUAUUUGAAGAAACUCAAUCAUAUGAUUUAGCACAAACUUAUAUUAAUAAAGCAAUAAGUAUAAGUAAAAAAGAAAAAUAUACAAGAGAAGCAUUUUCUUGUGAAAUUUUUUUAAUUCAAAUAUAUGAAAAAAUUGAUUUACAACAAGCUAUAAAUUUUAUUCUGAGAAAAAUUGAACAAUAUCAAAGAGAUCCUCAUAAUAUAUAUGGUCAAUUAUUUAAAUUAUUAAAAAUCAAAUACCUUUUUGUUAAUGAAAGUUCUUUAGCAUUUGUACAAUUACAAAGAUUAGCAAAAGAAAAAGAUUUAAAUCCAAUAAUUAAAAAAGUAUCAACAAUUUAUAUUGCUGGAUUAUUAAUUCAUAGAGGUGAUCCAUCAAAAGCUUUAGAUAUUUUGAAAGAUAGCGAUAUUGAUGAAGCAAAGGAAACAAAAUAUUCUGUUAAAUGUUAUAUUUUAAUAAUAAAAUUAUUAGCUUAUAUGAGUUUGAAUCUAAAUAGAGAUGCUAAACGAACUUGUAAAGCAUUACAAGCUGUUUAUAAUUUAAAUGAUUCAAAAAGAUGGGCUCAUUGGUUACCUACUGGAGAAGUAAAAUUUGGAAUUCAACUGACUAAUAUGAGUGAAAUAAAAUUUUUUGUACCUUGGUUAACAGUUCGCGAAUUUAAAAUAUUAUAUUAUUUAAUAACAUCAGUAUCAUCAAUGCAUUCAAAAUUAGAAUUAUCUAAUAUUGGAUUUGAAAAAGCUUUAAAAUAUGUUAAUAAAGCAGAAAAAGAAAUUACUAAUAAUAUUGAUAAUUCAAAAUAUAUGACAAAACAAUCUUAUGAACAACAAAUUAUAAAAUUAAAAUAUUAUAAAUUUUUAAUUCAAUUUUAUCAACAAUGGUAUAGUUUUUUAACUAAUGAUUUUAAAAUUCUGUAUAUUAAAGAAUUUAUGAAUUUAAAUAAUAAAAAUUUUACAAAACCAGAAUAUAUAAUUUUUAAAAAUUUAUAUAGUAAUAUGUACUAUAUUAUUGGGAUGUAUUAUCAUUCAAAAGCUGAUAUUCAAGCUGCUAAAUAUUUUUAUAUGAAAGUUCGUAAUAUGACAAAGUCAACAGAUUUACAACAACAACCACAAUUACAAUCAAUUCAAGAUUCAUUAAUUCAAAUUAAUUCAGGUAUUGGAAGUGAUUUAUGUAGACCAACAGGGAAAUUUAAUGAACUAUAUAUUUAUUCAACUGUUCAAUUAGUUGUAUUAUUAAACUAUGAAAUUAAUGAAAUGAUAGAACAUGAUAGGCUUAAAGAAAUAAAAAAUAAUAAAUUAAUUGAAAUAAAUGGAGAUAUUAGAAAUUCAAUGAGUGAUGAAUUAGCAAAUGCAUUAGAUAUUCCAAAUCAUUCAGAUAUCUUUAGAUCAAAUUUUUUAACUAAAAAUGAAAUUAUAAGAAUUACAAUAAUUUUAAUAAUGAGCAUAUUACAUGAUUUCAACCCACCAGACGAAAAUUAUAAGUUUUAUAUGUCAAGAUUAAAUGAGAAAACUCAUUUUUAUUUUAUUUAUUUUUUAUGUACUAUGGCUUAUUCAUUAAUGUCAAUUGGUGAAGAUAAAAGAAGAAUUAUUGAUAGAUGUUUAAAAAUGUUACCAAAUUCAAAUUCACAAGAAAUUAAAACAAAGACAAACGGGAAAAUUUUAAUAUCAACAUCUGAAUCAGCUGAUAGUUGUAGAAUAUCUUUAUUAGAAAAAUUAAGAUCAAAUUAUGCUGAUUUAGGUGAUAGAAAACAAGUUGAAAUGAUUAAUUUACAAUUAGAAAGAUUAUUUAAUUUAUUAAAAGUUAAAUAUACUACUUUAUCUAAAAAUGUGAUUUAUGAAAUUAAUAAUAAUGAAGUCGCUACUAAUUAG